GUUUCGGCUGCCGGCUGUAUUUUUGGGAUCCUGCGAAUGGAGCGAGUGCGCUGGAAUAAAGAUGUAGUGUGAGCCGGUGGAAGGAGGGGGACCAAACAAGGAGAGCGCUGUGCUAAGGGAAGGAGAGGACGUCCCAGCUGGGCGCACAGACUGGGAGGACAGAUCUUUGGGGGGGAGACAAAGACGGGCCGGUGGGUCUGCUGGAUCAGGAAGAUGACCUCUUGCUGCAGAAAUGCGGUGAACAUUGUGGUCACCACCGUUUUUGCAGCGGUGGUCCUCUUCACCAUCCUGCUGGCCUACAUCACAGGUUACCAGUUUAUUCAAACUGAGCAGCAUCACCUGUCCUUCGGCCUCUAUGGCGCUUUCCUCUCCCUCCACCUUCUCCUCCAGAGCCUUUUCGCCUUUCUGGAGCAUCGGCAGAUGAAGAUCCCCACUCACCCUCAACAUCUCCGCCGAACUGUGGCCCUCUGCAUCGCCGCCUACCAGGAGGACCCAGACUACUUAAGGAAGUGUCUGCGGAGUAUCAGACGAAUUUCUUUCCCAGGAUUAAAAGUAGUGCUGGUGGUGGAUGGAAACAGACCAGAAGACCGUUACAUGAUGGACAUUUUCCAAGAGGUGAUGGGUGGGGCUGACCAAGCGGGCAGCAUGGUGUGGAAAGGAAACUAUCACAGCGAUGGAAGCGGUGGAGGUGGAGUCGGAGGGAGCACAGUUCACAUGGAGGAAGCAUUACGGGUGACUCGGCUGGUCAGAAGUUGCCGCUUUUCCUGCAUCAUGCAGGAGUGGGGAGGGAAGAGGGAGGUCAUGUAUACAGCUUUUAAAGCGCUGGGGGACACUGUGGAUUAUGUGCAGGUGUGUGACUCGGACACAGUUCUGGACCCAGCAUGUACCAUUGAGAUGCUGAAGAUCUUCGAGGAAGAUACGACAGUAGGAGGAGUUGGCGGAGAUGUACAGAUCCUGAACAAGUAUGACUCCUGGAUCUCCUUCCUCAGCAGUGUGCGCUACUGGAUGGCCUUUAACAUUGAGCGUGCCUGCCAGUCCUACUUUGGAUGCGUCCAGUGUAUCAGCGGCCCUCUGGGAAUGUACAGAAACUGCCUUCUCCAGCGCUUCCUAGAGGCUUGGUACCAUCAAACCUUCCUGGGCUCCAAGUGCAGCUUCGGCGAUGACCGUCACCUCACCAACCGAGUGCUAAGCUUCGGCUACAAGACAAAAUAUACAGCCCGAUCACAGUGUCAGACUGAAACGCCAACCCAGUACCUGCGUUGGCUCAACCAGCAGACUCGCUGGAGUAAGUCGUACUUCCGUGAGUGGCUUUAUAAUGCUUUGUGGUUUCACAAGCACAGCCUCUGGAUGACCUAUGAGUCCGUGGUCACUGGUUUCUUCCCGUUCUUCUUGGUCGCCACAGUCAUCCAUCUCUUCUACCGUGGAAGGCUGUGGAACAUCUUGCUCUUCCUGUUGACCGUCCAGCUGGUUGGGAUGCUGAAGGCCACCUACGCCUGUUUCUUGCGUGGUAGCCUGGUCAUGAUCUUCAUGUCGCUCUAUUCUCUGCUCUACAUGUCGAGCUUACUCCCUGCCAAAAUAUUUGCCUUGCUCACAAUCAACAAAGCAGGCUGGGGGACUUCAGGCCGCAGGAAGCUCGUGGUCAACCUGAUCGGGGCUGUCCCUGUGACAGUGUGGACGAUGGUGCUGCUCGGAGGCGUGGUGUAUACAAUUUACUGUGAAACGCAACAGCCGUUGAGCGAAUCCGAAAAGGUCUUGUUGAUAUCGGGGACCAUACUGUAUGCCUGCUACUGGCUCAUUCUGCUGGUGCUUUACCUUGCAAUUGUAGCCAAACGAUGUAACAAGCGGCAAGAGCAGUAUCGCCUGCCGUAUGUUGAGGCAUAGAACUGCUUCAAGAAGUUGCUAAUAUGAAGACCAACUGCUGUAUCCUCACACCUUUGUGAACUGCUGGAGCAAAUGCACAGUCAUGUCUGUAGUGCCAGUGCUAAAAAGGUGGGGAUGUGAAAUCCAAGCAGCAGGGAGCAGAUCCAGUUGGGGGGUGGGGGGGAACUUGUGAGCUAUGACUGCGUCCAUGAAGCACAACACUGCUUGCGCUGAAAGGAAAGAUCAUGUACUCUAUUUGAACAUCAUGAAGUUCAUGGGGAGAGGUUAGAUGACAACAAAAGCGGUCCAGAACCGGGCUUGUGAUGAGAACAAAGAAUUAAUCAAAUGGAAUGAAGUGCAGUAAAGAUGGUUGAGAUUAGGGCUUCAACAACCAAAUAAAUUAACACAAGGACAGCAAAGAAGAUUAAAGUCACAGUCUCUCUCUGAAAUAAUGUCUCCAGGAAACAUGCUGAAGAAUUAUUUAGGUGUGAUUAUAAAACGGAUCCAACCUAAUCAUUUUAGGAGGUGAGAUAGAAAAAUUAACAAAAUGAAACGGCCAUAUUCUGACUGAGAUGGCUCCGAUCAAUCUAUCGAGCAAGUGGAUUAGGUUAAAAGCUCAAAGAAUGUGUCAGGGUGGCUGUCUAUCCUUCAGCCUGUCCCAAAGUUGAUCAAGUGGCUAUCCAAAGCCAGUGCCAUCCUCUUAGAACUUGAUCAAACGGGAAUUUUGACGCUGUCAUGCCAAUUCUUGUUUGUCUGUGUGCCCUGCGAUUGGCUGGCGACCAGUUCAGGGUGUCCCCCGCCUCUUGCCCCGAAGUCAGCUGGGAUAGGCUCCAGCACCCUCGCAAGGAGAAGCGGUUCAGAAAACGGAUGUACGUACCAUGUCAAAUUUACCUUACAGCCAUUUCUAUUCCUUAUUUUGUUCUGGUGAGUUUUUAGCUUAGUGAUCCCUGAGGUGCUAGAGCAUCAUCCGUGCAGCAAGUAUGAUUUGAAGCAAAGGGCACUCUUCUCUUGAUCUUUUACAGUAAAUGUAGAAGAAAAUGCUUUUAACUGUAACUGAGGACCACAUAUAUUUCCUUGUGAGAGACUUGGGAACCUUGUGUUUGAGUGUUUCACACUCUUUUCCUGUUAUCCAAGCAAAAUGACUGUGACAAUUCCGUGUCCGACUGUCAAAUCUCUCCUGUUUGAUGAUGAUCUCAGGAAAUCACUGG